AUGCUUGCGAACUUAUAUCUCCCGAACAAAGGCCCAAAAGCGUCCCUGGCCUCUGCCCUAAAAGCCCUGGACGCGUUCAGUGAAGGGACUGUCAUUAUCAGAGGUGACUUCAACGCCCCCCUGGAACCCAGAGUGGGCACGUUGAAAGGAAACUCCACAAUCCCGGACCACGUCCUCAGGGGCAUGAGGACCCUCCUCUCAAACUAUCAGCUCGCAGACUGCUGGCGCACUAUCCACAAUGCAGAAAAGGACUACACCUAUUAUUUGACGCCGCACAAAUCCUACUUGAGGAUUGAUACUUCUCCACCCACCACAGAGACCUGGAUGCACUGA